AUGUCGGUAAGUCGAGCUCUUAGCUCGGCGUACUCACUACUCAACACACACGCACUCUUGGAGACGUUGGCGCGAUUGCUACCCAACGAUUCGCUUUCGUUCAAUCCGCUCACCGACACCCUCAAGGACAAGGACGGCAAGGAGUUCAAGCUCAAGGAGCCAACCGGCCAGGGUCUGCCAGACCGUGGCUACGACCCAGGCAUGGACACUUACCAGCACCCUCCAGAGGACCGCUCGUCCAUCUCAGUCGCCGUCUCCCCGCAGUCCGACCGUCUCCAGAUCCUCGAGCCAUUCGAGGCAUGGAACGGUAAGGACGCAGAGAACGUCCCAAUCUUGAUCAAGGCUCAGGGCAAGACUACCACUGAUCACAUCUCGAUGGCUGGUCCUUGGUUGAAGUACCGUGGUCACUUGGACAACAUUUCGAACAACAUGCUUAUCGGUGCCAUCAACGAGGCCAACGGCGAGGCCAACAAGAUCAAGAACCAGGAGACUGGUGAGGUCGACGCUGUCCCAGCUGUUGCCCGUGACUACAAGAAGAGAGGCAUCAAGUGGGUUGUCAUUGGCGACUGGAACUACGGCGAGGGCUCUUCCCGUGAGCACGCUGCUCUCGAGCCAAGACAUCUUGGUGGUCUCGCAAUCAUCACCCGAUCCUUCGCACGUAUCCACGAGACCAACUUGAAGAAGCAGGGUAUGCUUCCUUUGACCUUCAGCGACCCAGCAGACUACGACAAGAUCAAGCCAGACGACCGCAUUGACCUGAAGUGCACCGAGGUUGCAGUUGGUCAGCCAGUGACGAUGGUCGUACACCCAGCAGCCGGCGGCAAGGCAUUCGACGUCAAGCUCAGCCACACCUUCAACGAGUCGCAACUCGAGUGGUUCAAGAACGGCAGCGCUUUGAACACAAUGGCCAAGCACGCGGGUGCGAGGUAA